AUGCCAAAGUACGUUCUCACAGGUGCAGACGGUAAUCUUGGUCGAAUUGCAGCUAGCUUCGCCCUGGAGAUCGCCAGACCUGGUGAUGAACUUGUUUUCACUACCUACAAACAAGACGCCAUCCCAGAAGACCUUCAAAAAUCGUGGACCGAUAAAGGUGCAAAAGUCGUUACUGCCACGUACGACGACGUUGAAAGCCUCAAAGUAGCCUUUCAAGGCGCUGAAGCUGUUUCACUGAUCUCGACGUGGCUCUUUGGGGAAGGUCGCCGUCGCCAAGCUCAGACGGUAGUCGAUGCUGCCAAAGCCUGCGGUGUUAAGAGGGUCUGCUAUACCUCAUUCAUUGGUGCCGGUAUCGAAGCCGAGAAUGAAGAGGAUAUUCCUUUCCUUCCUCGAGAUCAUCAUUUUAUCGAAAAGAUCAUCUACGCUUCUGGUCUGGAGUGGAAUAUCCAGCGCAACUAUCUCUAUGUAGACAACAUUCCGACUUUGUUUGCACAGUCGUGGAAGUUCUGUGGUGAUCGCUGGUUGGUCAACACACAUGGCCAGGCUGGCGCUUAUGUCGCACGAGAAGACUGCGGAAAUGUGCUAGCUGCCCUACUCCUUGGAAGAGGAGAGCCUAACACAGUUUAUGAGAUCAGCGGUCCAGAAGCAGUCACCAACGAAGAAGUGUUCAAAUGGAUGUGCGAACAGACCGGGUACAAGGGAGAAAUUGUCGAUAUGCCCGAUGGGGAACUCAAGACAUGGUGGCUGGAUCACGGCUUGCCCACUGAUUUUUUUGGUGACUUCUCCAAGUUGCCUAUGAAGCUUUGUAUCGGUGAUCUCUUGUGCUGUGGAGAGAUGGUUGCAAGGGGGUUCAUGGCGAAGACGACUGACAGUGUUGAGAAGUUGACGGGAAGGAAGCCGAAGCCGUAUAAAGAGGCUUUGUUGCAGUACAAGGACUUGUUUCCGAAAGCCUAA